GCUGCUUGUUGUAUUUCUAUGGUUAAAGGCAGCGACUGUAGACACAUUUAAAGCGGAGAGUCUAAUAGCAAAAUCUGCUGAUCACAAAUAAACACAACACACCAAAUCAGUGAAUACUGCAGGAGAAAUUAAGGAAACAAAAAGCGAUCAGUGAUCUAUCUAGUGGCAGUAUGAGCUCAAAGGGUGGCACUGCCCUGUCCCGACGCAACUAUCGCCUGGCAUCCGACACAGACAAACCAAAAGUCACAGGUAUUGUCAAUGAGAAGUUAUUGAGUGACUAUCUGCACCAUGUGUUUCCUGCCUCCAGUAAGCAGGGACCAGCAUCAGCCGCGUACAGAAAAACCCUGACGUUCCAGGAUCUUGGAGCUCAUCUGGAGAAGCUGCUAGCUGAAGAUAAUGUCGCUGAGGACGGCAAAGAUCAGAUAGAAGGCUGUCUUGGACCUUCAACUGUUGUCCUGGAUCACAGCAGUGGGUUUGAAGGGCUGUUAUUUGUUGACGAUGACCUUUUGGGGGUCAUCGGCCACAGUAACUUCAGCUCCAUCAGAGCCACUACAUGUGUUUACAAAGGGAAAUGGGUCUAUGAAGUUCUCAUCUCAUCUCAAGGCCUAAUGCAAAUCGGAUGGUGCACACUGAACUGCAGAUUCAACCAAGAGGAAGGGGUCGGAGACACGCCAGACUCGUAUGCCUACGAUGGAAACAGAGUUCGCAAAUGGAAUGUGACAACCACCAACUAUGGCAAGUCCUGGGCUGCUGGUGAUAUUGUCAGCUGUUUGAUUGAUUUGGAUGAGGGAACGAUUACGUUUUGUCUAAACGGGCAGUCUCUGGGUGUUGCGUUCAGCAAUAUUAAGACGGGGCCGGGCGUCGCAUAUUUCCCUGCAAUCAGUCUGUCCUUCAAAGAAUCUGUAGCCUUCAAUUUCGGCAGCCGUCCUCUCAGGUACCCUGUGGAAGGUUACCUUCCUCUUCAAAGCCCACCAACCACUGACCUCAUCAAAGCCACCAGGCUUCUAGGAUACCUCAAGACAGUUCUGUCCACCUCCAUUGACACACAGGAGGAAAAGCUUGUGGAGAAAGACGGUGGGUCCUGGCAGAUUCAAGGAGAUCCCACCAUCCUGGUCACCCUUGCACAUAUAUUUAACCACUUUGCACCUCUCAUGUGCAAAGUGUACUUGGUCGAGGAUGUGCUGAUGAACUUCCUGUUGAGUAUACUGGAGGGAGGAGGAUCUGUUGAUGAGCAUCCACUUAUACAACAGCUGCUGGACCUUUUCUGGCUUCUCAUGGAGGACUACGAGGUGAACGAGUGUCUGAAACAGCUGAUGAUGUCACUGCUGAGAGCGUAUCGUUUCUCUCCCAUCAUCCCUGAUCUAGGCUUUCAGAUUCAUUACCUUCGUUUGACUACAGCGAUACUCCGUCAUGAGAAAUCCAGGAAGUAUCUGCUCAGCAAUGUUCUGUUUGACGUGCUUCGGUCUGUGGUCUUCUUCUACAUCAAGACCCCUCUGAGAGUGAAAGAGGCAGGGCUAGAAGAACUCAUCCCAACCACCUGGUGGCCAACACGGUUCGACAAAGAGGGCAAGGAUGAGAGAGACACGCGUGAGGAGACAGCCGAGGAGAGGCUGAGACGUAGAGCGUACGAACGUGGCUGUCACAGACUAAAAAAGAGGAUUGAGGUUGUGGAGGAGCUGCAGGUUCAGAUCCUGAGGUUAAUGCUGAACAACAAAGACAAGGGGACGGGCGAAGCAUCUCGAUACAUUUUCCUGAACAAGUUCCGCAAGUUCCUUCAAGAGAAUGCCAGUAAUAGAGGGAACCCCACAGUGUUGUGUCCUCCUGAAUACAUGGUGUGUUUCUUACACCGGCUCAUCACGGCCAUUAGGAGCUACUGGGAUGAAGGGAAGAGAAAAAGCCCGGGAUCCAUCAACAGUGAAGACGCCUACGUGCCUCCUCAGCUGUUCUACAAUGGGAAGGUGGAUUACUUCGACCUUCAGCGUCUGGGAGGACUUCUAUCACAUUUAAAGAAAACGCUCAAAGAUGACCUAGCUGCAAAGGCCAACAUCAUCAUAGACCCGGCAGAGAUCCAGGCCACCUCUAUGGACGACUUGGAUGAAGAUGAGGAAACCGGAGCUGCCCAGAGACCAUCUGGUGCUGUUGCCAUGGGUGGCGCUUUGGCCCGACCCAGUUGGUUGAGUUCGCCGACGCUGGGCAGAGCCAACCGCUUCCUCAGCACUGCCGCCGUCAGCCUCAUGACCCCUCGACGACCUCUCGCCCCACCCGAGAAGGUCAAAGUUCGCACCCUCGCCGUAGAGCAGAGAACCGAGGAAGACAUCGAGGGAAGCCAUGGUAACGAUGGGCUGUUGCUGGGGCGACCGUUAGAAGAGCCUGACCAGCCAAUCACAGAAAAGUCCCUGCUGGAGAUUCUGGAUGGGGUUGUGAUGAUGUACAAUCUGAGCGUUCAUCAACAGCUUGGCAAGAUGGUGGUUGUAUCAGAUGAUGUUCACGAAUACGCCGUUGCCCUGAAGGACACAGAAGAGAAGAUCGCUCGGUGCCCAAGCAGAAGGCCAGAUAUUCUAGAAGAGUUGCAGAAAAGCCAAAAAGUGUUUGCUGAAAAGCUGAACCACCUGAGUCGUAGACUGGCCUGGAUCAAUGCCACCAUCUACUCCAAGGAUAAGAUGCUGGACGUAUACUGGCUCCUUCGAGUGUGCAUCCGUACCAUCGAGCAUGCGGACAGCACAGGUUCCCUGUUCGCAUUCAUGCCCGAAUUCUACCUCAACGUGGCCAUGAACAGUUACAGCGCCCUCAAAAACUACUUCAGCCCCUCCAACUGCAUGGAAGAACUUCCAGGUUAUGAAGACACGCUCGCGCAGCUCGCAGCCAUUCUCGCCAAACACUUUGCAGAUCCACGCAUCGUUGGGACGGAUAUCAAAGAUUCAUUGAUGCAGGCUUUGGCCAGUUAUGUUUGUUACCCACAAUCCCUGCGUGCUGUCGAGAGGAUCCCAGAAGACCAGCGAAUGGCUAUGAUGAGGAACUUACUGGCUCCAUAUGAACAGAGACCUUGGGCUCAGACCAACUGGAUCCUGGUUCGUCUUUGGAGGGGUUGUGGCUUUGGCUACAGGUACACACGUCUGCCUCAUCUGCUCAAGACCAAACCGGAGGACGCCAACCUGCCCAGCCUGCAAAAGCCCUGUCCAUCACUUCUGCUGCAGAGACACAUGGCUGAACUCCUUAGUCAAGACAAAGACAUGGCUGCCAGUUUUCUCAAUAGCGUCUUAAACCAGCUCAACUGGGCCUUUUCCGAAUUCAUCGGCAUGAUACAGGAGAUCCAACAGGCAGCCGAGCGACCUGAGAGGAAUUUCGUGGACACACGGCAGUUAAAGGUGUGCGCGACCUGUUUUGACCUCUCUGUCAGUCUGUUACGGGUUCUGGAGAUGACUAUCACUCUAGUGCCAGAAAUAUUCCUGGACUGGACCCGCCCCUCCGCUGAGCUGCUGCUACGCCGAUUGGCUCAGCUCCUGAACCAAGUGUUAAAUCGAGUUACAGCUGAAAGAAACCUGUUUGACAGGGUGGUCAACUUGCGCCUCCCAGGCCUGGAGAGUGUUGAUCACUAUCCCAUCCUAGUGGCUGUUACAGGGAUAUUAGUGCGCAUUCUGGUCGACUCCAAUAAACAAGGGAUCUCAAGGGCUGCAUCUGUGCUGUUGUCGGAUCCUUGCUUCCAGCUUCGCUCCAUUCAGUACCUGCUGGGAGAAGGAGAGGGUGGAGCCAUCGGCCCUGACAGCAAACAUUUCUCUCUGCACACAUAUACGGACUACAUCAGCACAGAGGAAGAGCAGAAGGUAGAACAGAUGCUAACUUUGCUGACAGAGGAGUCCAAGCAGGCAGCUGCCAGCACAGCGCCGCCUAGUGAGGACGAUCUCUGCCCAAUCUGCUAUGCACACUCCAUAUCAGCCAUCUUCAAGCCCUGCUCCCACAAAUCCUGCAAGGCCUGUAUCAAUCAGCACUUGAUGAAUAACAAGGACUGCUUCUUCUGCAAGGCCACUAUCACUGGAGUGGAUGAUUACACCAAACCAGCCAGCUCUUAGUAUGCCCUUCACACACAAACACACACACAUUUGGUGUUCAAACAUUGACAUUACUGUAUGUACACUUUCCCCAAAGACUUCACAUAUUCAGGUUGGACUCAUACUGUUGCACCCACAGACCAUCACGUCUAUAUACGGUCACCCUUCAAUUGCUGUUGGUUCUGCCAGCAUUGCCCAUCUGUGUUGGCGUAUCUUAACAUUUUGUCCUCUGAGAAAUGGAACAAGGCUUUGCAAGGCAAUAGUUCUUCCAGGUGUCUUUGUGAUGAAUGGAUGAGGUCCUGUUUAGAGCCGCCCGCUCAUGGUGCUUCUGAAGGAAGCUGAUGGUGAUGGAGAGGAAAACUGCUGGGAAACAUCUAAUCUCUCGCCACUGUCUCAGUCUCUUCUCAUUUCUUCUUGGCUCAUGUUCUCAUCUGUUUUCUAAUUUCAUCUCCUUUCCUCUUCUCUCUUUUUUAGUCUCAUCUAUUUUAGUCUCUUCUUUUCUCAUCUCAUCUGUUUUCUCACUUCGCCUUGUCUCAUUUCAUCUCUCAUCUUGUCCCUUCUCAUCUUCAUUUCAUCUCAUCUCCUCUAUUCUCAUAUCACCUUUUAGUCUCAACCCACCUUGUUUUGUCUCAUCUUGUCCCUUCUCUCUUUUUUUUCUCUUCUCUUUUUGUCUCGUCUCAUCUUCUCUCCUUUAGUUUCUAUUCAUCUUCUCAUCUCCUCUCCUUUUCUGUCCUUUUAUCUCAUCUAUUUUAGUCUCCUCUUUUCUCAUCUGUCCUCACUUCAUCUUGUCUCAUCUUAACUUCAAGUUUCAUCUCAUCUCCUCUGUUCUCCUAACUUUAGUUUUGUCCUGUCUUUUCUUUGUCGCUUCUCCUUUUGUCGCAUUUUCUCCUCUUGUUUAGUCAUUGUUCAUCUUCUCAUCUGUUUUCAUUUUGUCUCAUUUCAUCAUCUCUCUUCUGUCCUUUCAUCUCCCAUAUUUUAGUUCCCUAUUUUCUCAUUUCUUUUCCUCAUUUUUUUCUCGGUCAUUUCGUAUUUUUUCUCAUCAUAUCCGUUUCAACUCAUCUGUGUUCUCCUACCACUUUUUAUCUCAUAUUGUCUCCUUUUAUUUAAUGUUUUUCUCUUUGUGUUGUCUCAUCUUCUCUUGUUUAGUUUGCUCAUCUACUCAUCUAUUUUCAUCUCCUCUUCUCUCUUUUCAUCUCAUCUUUUUUAGUCUUAUCUUUUCUCAUGUUUUUCUUACAUCAUGUCUAGUCUAUCUUGUCCCUUCUCACCUUCAUAUCUCUUUCAUCUCCUUCUCUCUCAUCUUGUCUUUUCUAUUUUCCCCUUCACAUUUUAGUCUCAUCUCAUCUUGUCUCAUCUCAUUUCUUCUCAUCUUGUUCUUUCUCAUCUGUUUUAUUUUAGUCUCAUAUAAUCUCUUCUGUUCUCUUCUCACAAACUCUGGUUAAAAUAGUAUCAUAUCAUGAAGUCAGAUAUAAACUCGAUACUAGUGAGACAGUUUUUCACAUCACUCUCUGUAUUUGCUAAUAUUUUUAUACUCAAAACUGACAGCCAUAUUUGAGACAGAUGACAAUAUGUAGUAUCACACUAAGCAGAACCUACAAUCACUUCUGAUUAUUGUACAUGAUUUUCUACAUCAAAUGAAGCAAGCAAAAAGAAAUGCAUCUACUCAAAGCUGUUACACACCUGUCAUACAGUAUAUGUAAUAAAUGUGUUAUAUUAAGGAUUUAUAAAGCAUCAUACAGGAUAAGAAGACAGUUUCAGAACAGUUUAUAUGGAGACAUAAAUGCAAUUUGAUCCAUGGGACAGUGAUAACAGUUCAUGUUUGAGAGAAAUGCUUUGAUUCCGCAACAAAACUUGUUCGUUCUGCUCUCCGCUAUGUUUUUUUUUUCUUUCAUUCCAACGGCUUUCACGUUUGAUCCGUCUUUAUAAUGGUGUUUGUGGAUGUCCCAAACCCUCAGCCUUCUUCAUACUAAGAUCUUUCCUUCAGUCUGUUCCAUUAGGAGUGCCUAGACUGCUGUUUUUGUUACUGAACACCAACAGAUAUCUAGAUUUAAGUGCUUUGCUGUUGUGUGCAUGGGGUUAGCUUUCCCAGAAUCCUUUGCUAAUGGAUUAUCUUGCAACUCAGGCUCUGCCUGCACUCAGAAUCCAUUGCCUCACCACAGUUCCCUUAUAAAAGGAUAUUCAGCUAUUGACAACAGCAAUUUUCUACCCAGAAUAAAAGUGUAGUGAUGUGACCCACUUUUAAAACCCACAAAUAAUUAGAUGGAGACAGAUGGAGCCAAGAUUGGUGGUGGACCUCAAGCAUUGACUGUAACAAUACAAUACGCAAUUGUUAAAACAACUUGUAUAGGAUUCCUUCCAAAGUUAUCAUUCGCUUCUUACUAAUGCACACAGACUGUUUAUUUAACACACAGCCAAUUUGCUACGACCGAUAAGCCACUGAACUUCCAAACACUGCAUACAACUGAUAAUAAGUAUGAAUUAUGAAAACCAAAAGAGUAUUUGGGUCACUACUUCUCUUAUUUGGACUGUUAAGCAUUUCUCACAGUGUGGUGUAAUAUUGUUUUUAAAAAGGGGGUGCAUGAUAUGAAUUUAGGACCCCUCUCUAUUGUUAUUGUGUGUGUCCGUGUGCGUGCGUGCGUGUAUGCGUGUGCGUUUGCGGUGAGCGUGUGCCGACAACUUUAAUUUAAGGGUUUCCACUCUCAGGCAUCUGCUAUUGUUGUCAAAGGGAAUUUUAGAUUAGUUAAGCAAUAUUUAAAGGACUGUUGAUGUUUUGUUUUGUUUAGAAAGAGGACAUUGCAACUUUUGGUUCUUUCACUUUUGUGAGAGUGUACAUGUAUUGAUGUAAUAUUACCAUUAAAUUAUUUAUCCUAAA